CCUCUGUGCCUUGGUGGCCCCGUAGUCUGCUGUGACCAUGGAGACUCUCAGCAGCUGCCGUGCUGCCUCCCUCUCUGAGCUGGUGCCCAAUGGUUACGUGGCUCAGGUCUUCCCAGGCUGCUCUGAGGUAGAAGGCCUGGCUGGGAAGGUGGGGCUGAAGGAGUCUGAGCAGUGUGAUCAGGGUGAAUUGAAUCCCAGAGAAAAGAGUGGUCAGAACAAGAAGAAAACCAGAAUGAACAAGAUCUGGAAUUUUGUGAGCCGCAGAAAAGGGGCCUCCAGUCAGGGGAAGCGACCCCAGUCCAUGAUUUUACUGGGAGGCAUCUCCCGGCCAUCAGAGUUGAAACUCAAAUUCACAUUAAUGGAUCGAAUGAAGUCAUUCAAGAGGUUGAAGCCUUCAACUAGGGACUCCAAGAGUACUACCCCUAGGAACAGCCAGGCCCAGGAACCUCAGGAGGCACCAGGUAUCUGCCGGAUGAGGAAGGCAGAGAAGGCCCGGAAGCCCUUCCGCCAUUCCUGCGCGAGCCACCUUGAGGGCCUGGAGACCUUCCUUGCAGAUGUACAGAGAUUGGUGCACACCCCCAAGAGGGUGAACCAUAAAGUUCUGGCCUUCGAUGGCUUUGACAUUCAAGUAGAGGAAGACCCCUUGGAGGAAGAGACCCUUGAGCAGCCUGGUACUGGUGAGUGGGCCAGGAGCUACCUGAAAAGCAUGUUCUCUGGGAACUGUGAGGUCUUGCACAAAUCGGCCGGAGACUCCAGAAUCCAGGAGCUGGAGGCCAUCAUUGAGGGCUCCACCUUGGAAGGGAACGUAGAAGGGGGCUACGAGGAGAGCCCUGGGCGCCUGUGCAGAGACAAGACCACACCUUUCAGUGGUGUUGUCAAGUUCUUCAGCAACAUGGCCGAGGUUGCCCGCAAGUGGCGGGCAUUAUCCCGGGAAGAGCUGCAAAUGGGCUGCCAGCAGGAGGCCUACUUUGUGGGUGGCAGCGAAGGUUUCAUCCUGGAAAGUGCCACCUCCAGGGCCUCAUUCCCCCUCAACCUGUCCUGCCCCCCAGAGGCUGCACUGUGGGGCAGCACCAUUAGGAGGUGCCAGCGCUGCCACCGCAAGACCUCCCAGGCCUCAUGCACCUUUGAAAUGAACAUUGAGGGUGAGGAGACACCCGGCCAGGCUCUCGCAGGUCCAUGCACCACUGCUGUCUUGGCCUCAGCCUUGGCCUCAACCUCAGCAGUCUUCGAGUUCCAGGGCAACCAGACACCCCAGAACUGCAGCAGCCACCACUAUCUCCGUGCCUUCACCAGGGGUCACUCCGCCUCCAAGAAGCUCAACGAAGACACUGAGACUGUGGUCAGCUUCCUCAAUGAAGAUGACAAUGCUAGAGAGUCCUCUGAGUUGGGCAUCUGUGCCAGGAGGGUCACCAACAAAGCUGUCAUGGAGAAGCUAGAGGAGAAGCCAAGUGAGAUGGAGGAGCAGAAGGCUGGCAGUGGGCCUGAGGGGUCCAGCCAGGCAGGGCAGCCCCAGGAGUCUCAUUUGGGUAUGGGUGCAGUGGAUGCAGAGAGAGACGCUAGCAAGGCAUGCACUGGAGUCCUGGACACUAAGUUUUUCUUUCCCUCAGCUGAACCAUCGCCAAGGAUUCCACCCCUCAAAAUUCUCCUGGAAAAAUGCCAUUCUCUGCCCAUCUCACAGAACAUCCCCAUGGAGCUGGAUCAAGUAGGCUGGAGGAGGCCCAGGAAGCUUUGCACAGGUAACUUGGACCAGGGCUCCAAGACACUGGAAACCUGUAAGAAUGCUGGUGGAUACUGGAAGCACCAGGAACCAGGAAACAAGCAAGUUAAUAAGCUGAUCACUGGAGAUUCCAUCGUUAGUGCUGAGGCAGUAUGGGAUCACGUCACCAUGGCCAACCGGGAGUUGGCAUUUAAGGCUGGCGACGUCAUCAAAGUCUUGGAUGCUUCCAACAAGGAUUGGUGGUGGGGCCAGAUCGACGAUGAGGAGGGAUGGUUUCCUGCCAGCUUUGUGAGGCUCUGGGUGAACCAGGAGGAUGGAGUGGAGGAAGGGCCCAGUGAUGUGCAGAAUGGGCACCUGGACCCCAACUCAGACUGCCUUUGUCUGGGCCGGCCACUACAGAACCGGGACCAGAUGCGGGCCAAUGUCAUCAAUGAGAUCAUGAGCACCGAACGUCAUUACAUCAAGCACCUCAAGGACAUUUGUGAGGGCUACCUGAAGCAAUGUCGGAAGAGAAGGGACAUGUUCAGCGAUGAGCAACUGAAGGUGAUCUUUGGGAACAUUGAAGACAUCUACAGGUUUCAGAUGGGCUUCGUGAGAGACCUGGAGAAACAGUACAACAAUGAUGACCCCCACCUCAGCGAGAUAGGACCCUGCUUUCUGGAGCACCAAGAUGGAUUCUGGAUAUACUCUGAGUACUGUAACAACCACCUGGACGCCUGCAUGGAGCUCUCCAAACUGAUGAAGGAUAGCCGCUACCAGCACUUCUUUGAAGCCUGUCGCCUCUUGCAGCAGAUGAUCGACAUUGCUAUUGAUGGUUUCCUUUUGACUCCAGUGCAGAAGAUCUGCAAGUAUCCCUUACAGUUGGCUGAGCUCCUUAAGUAUACUGCCCAGGACCACAGUGACUACAGGUAUGUGGCAGCUGCUCUGGCUGUCAUGAGAAAUGUGACUCAGCAAAUCAAUGAGCGCAAGCGGCGUUUGGAGAAUAUCGACAAGAUUGCCCAGUGGCAGGCCUCUGUCCUAGACUGGGAGGACCUGAUCCGGAGAGACAUCCUGUACUACAAAGGCCGCAUUGACAUGGAUAAAUAUGAGGUAGUUGACAUUGAAGAUGGCAGAGAUGAUGACUUUAAUGUCAGCAUGAAGAAUGCCUUCAAGCUUCACAACAAGGAGACUGAGGAGAUACAUCUAUUCUUUGCCAAGAAGCUGGAGGAAAAGAUACGCUGGCUCAGGGCUUUCAGAGAAGAGAGGAAAAUGGUACAGGAAGAUGAAAAAAUCGGUUUUGAAAUUUCUGAAAACCAGAAGAGGCAAGCUGCAAUGACUGUGAGAAAAGUCCCUAAACAAAAAGGUGUCAACUCUGCCCGCUCAGUUCCUCCUUCCUACCCACCACCGCAGGACCCGUUAAACCAGGGCCAGUACCUGGUCCCCGAUGGCAUCGCUCAGUCGCAAGUCUUUGAGUUCACCGAACCCAAGCGCAGCCAGUCACCAUUCUGGCAAAACUUCAGCAGGUUAACCCCCUUCAAAAAAUAAUACCUAUAGGGAGGCAGAUAAUUUUAAAAUAAAGCAAAUAAAAUUAUAUUUAUAGAUGGACCUUUUUUCGGAGAAGCACUGUUGAAAUUUAUAUAUACACACACACACACACACACACACACAUAUACAUAUAUGUGUGUGUGUGUGUAUAUAUAUGUGGACAUACACACACAUACCCUUGAGUGUACACACACACACACACACACACACACACACACACACACACACACGGACCAAAAAUGUUUUCUGUUGUUUUGGGGAAGUAAAAUCUGUAGUUGGUAGGAGGAGGUACCAAUGACUUCCAAAAAGGUGGACCCCUUCUUAAAAGCUUUCCGUUCUUACCUUGUCCCCCUCCCCUUUACUUUCAGAAAUUGACAUUUCUAUUUGUUCCUUUUCUUGUUGAGAUAAUCUCUUUGCUCCCCUGUGAGUGAUUCAUUGACUUAUUAUUACCAUAGAUGUGUUUGUAUUGUUUUUUUCUUUCCUGAUGAUACUGAUCCUGGUGACUUUUGAAUUUAAUUUGAUGUAGUGGAGUUUUGGAGUUUGGGAGUUUGGAAUUUCUUUUCUUCCUUUUCCUUUUCACUGGGUAAAGGGAGAAUCCCCUUUCUCCUCUACCUUAGCUGAACAUCUGUGAGUAUUUUUGCAGCCCUGCAGUUGCCCAAACCAGCCUUUUUCCUGCAUCUUCUGUCCUCAGUCGUGCCAGUCUGGACAUGAUCUGUUGUGCCCUGUGACAUAACUGCUCGAUAUUUCUAUUGCUUUCACUGUAUUUCAGGUGUUGUAGAGGGGUCAAAACCAAACAGAAGCAAGGGAGUGUCAGAGUAUAAUGAUGCUGGAGAGGACCUUCAGGGAAAGUUCUGCAUUUGGGCUUUUUUUUCUCCCCUAGCACUGGGAGGUCCCAUGUUGCAGCACUGUUGGGUCAUGACAGUUUUGUAUCUCAGGUUUAGUUUGGGCCAAUUAUUCUCUUCUUCAGGCCUCUUUGGUUAUGGUGUUCCUUCUAGGCCUGUCCCUCCCCUAACCUAAAAGAUCUCAACUGGAAGCAAAGAAGCUGAGAUUCUGCCUCCUGGGGGGGGGAUUCAACUGCCUCUAGCACCAAGUAGGGUUAACGCAGGGCUCCACACCACAAUCGGUUCAGGAGCCUGGUCGUCCCAGCUUCAAUCUGCAGAUUGUUUAGGCAGCAUUUAUAGGAGUCAGUGGAGGGGUCAAGACAGAGCCCACCUGACCAAGAUCAUCAGCUGCCUUGAAAUUAUUGACCUGGGCAGGAUUCAAGGCUGAUAGUAACCUUUUAUGGCAAAGAACAGGGAUGGGCAUGGAAAGAGACAGCCUUGGCCCAAGAUAUGUACCUGGAGUUCCUACCACUCAAGUUACAUGAGACAUCCCCCAUUGUUAGCAGUUUGAAUGGACAAUCUUCUAUGGCUUCUUCCUUCCCCCCUCCCUCUCUUCCUUCUUUUUCCUGCUCUCCUGGCACAGGAGAAUUGCUGAUAUCAGCAUAGUUAAAGUACUUCUGGCACUCAAAUAAGGCCCUGUUUCCAACAUUCUCCCAUCCCAGGACAUUUGAAGCAAGUAAGUGAGAAACCCAGGGGGGACUUUUUCCUGUGGAGAAAGGGUCUGAGGCAAAGAUGCUACCGUCAGACUCAUUUUUAGCAGGCUUUACACUUAGGCAAAACUAACCUGUCCCACAAAGAGGCAGGCUCCCUAUGGGUGUAGGAGUACCUGUUCCUCCUCCCUACGUGGUCCCUGGGGUGGAUAGACCUUGAAUAGCAAGGAAAAUGGAAUACAAAGGAGUAAGGAUGGGCCCUGCUAUGGAGAGCCACUCUAGCAAAGAAUCUGGAGAUUGAGUCUGUCCUGGACCCCACAGGAGAAGACUUCAUCAUGGAAAGACCUCAGCUUACUGAGCAGCAGCCAUGGCUGCAUGGGGCUCUCAGCAUAGCUGGCUUGAUUGCUGCUCUAUACCUCCUUACGUAAAUCAUGUCCUGCCCAACCUUGGAAUUUUUCCUCGGUAGCAAUCAAAAUACAAGCUGUUUAACCUUCCAUUCCACUACACCAAAAUCAGACUUGUGAAGUAAGCCAAGGAUAACCCUGAACUGAACAGAGGGCUGGAGCUUGGGACUGGCCACCACUGCUCAGCACAUGACUCAGCUGCUUAAGCCCCCUUCACAAGGAACCUGGUACCCAGUGCCUACACUAAAAUGUCCUCCUUGGCAAACAGAAUGUGCUUCAGUGGCUAUGUAGGCCUCCCUUGGGUAUACAUUAUUUUCCUACUUUCCAUUCCUCCCCACUAGGCUUGGCUUUAACAUGUUUCUCCAGGGGAUGGGGACACAGCAAGAGGGGAUGCUUGGACAAGUCCCUGGACCUACAACAUCUCUUGGCCAAGUUCCCUCGUCCUACCUGCUCCUCUAGGCCUUUGCCCAGAGCUCCAGGAUCAGGGAUAUCACCUCUCACCACCCACUUCUCAUCCACCCAACCCACUGGCCUCAUCAAUACCAACAACUUGUAAAAACAACAAUAAAGCAGUUUGCCAUUAGUUGGAGUGUUCCCCCAGCCUAUGGCAGCAAAGAAGACCAGUGGCCAGCAGCACCGAGGGGAACCCCAUUGCCUGGGCUCAAGAUCCAAGCCUCUUCUGUGUCCCCACAGCAGUAAUAUCCCCAAGAACUUUGUAAAUCUUCUCUGUUUCUGCAUGGCCAGAGCUCCCCUUUCCUCAACUCAAUGAGGCCUGGAUUUGCUCUCCAAAAGGCUUUGCUAGUGUGUUCUAUGGACCCUGCUGUGGGAUGGUCCUAACACAGAAAUCCAACUCCUCUUUCUCUCUCCCUCUCUCCCCUUCUCUCUAUAUAUGUAUAUCUCUACUGGAUUUAUAAGGACAGCAACAAGACAGUUGUAACAAUUCUAGUGUGAAGCCAAAUAGUGAUCUUUUAGUGCUUUGGGGAUGGGGUGGGCUGGGGUAGAUGGAAGGGCAACAGUGAUUUUGAUUACCCCUGCUGCUCUGCAUUUGCCAGUUUAUUAUUUCGUUUCUUUUAUCUGACUGUUUGACCCUGUCAAACAAGUGUCAAAGUUGUGUGUUUAAAAAAAUGUUUAACAACAAAAAUAUGAUGUUGUAAUGACAGAAAGCCUUAUGAAAAUAUUUAUGGAGUUCAAUAAAAGAAGUAAAAAGACA